AUGGAAGACAGGGCGUCUGAAAUGGCUAUAAAAGACUCCUUGGAGAGCCCAAGGAUGGUUGCAAAGAGGCGGAAUAAUGUAUCCGAUGUGGACUUGGUCAAGAGGGCAAAAUCUGUGGAGUCUGAGGAGCCCGCGUCUGAAGUUACGGUACCUGAGGUGGUGGAACGUGAUGCAGGCGAUGAACUUCUGAGUAUUGACAAAGAGAUAAACACUCUCGAGGAACCAACUCCUGAAGCCAAUCGGCCUGAUAGCUCUGAAGCGGGAAUAACGAGGUUUGUGUUUGACGGUCAGCAGUAUCAAUUUAAAGAGCGUGCAAGUGUCAUUGAGGAGAACGAAGGAAAAAUAGAGUUUAGGGUAGUCAACAAUGAUAAUACCAAAGAGAACAUGAUGGUUCUGACUGGACUGAAAAACAUUUUCCAAAAACAAUUGCCUAAAAUGCCGAAGGAGUACAUUGCCAGACUUGUAUAUGACAGAAGUCACUUGUCAAUGGCGGUAGUUCGCAAGCCGUUGACGGUGGUAGGGGGUAUUACGUACAGGCCAUUCGACAAUCGUGAGUUUGCAGAAAUUGUCUUUUGUGCUAUUAGUUCAACUGAACAAGUACGAGGUUAUGGUGCACAUAUGAUGAACCAUUUGAAAGAUUACGUGCGGGCCACGUCUAGAAUCAAAUACUUCUUGACUUAUGCUGACAACUACGCCAUCGGCUACUUCAAAAAACAAGGCUUUACUAAGGAGGUCACUCUCGAGAAAAGCAUAUGGAUGGGGUACAUAAAGGAUUACGAGGGUGGUACGUUAAUGCAGUGCUCAAUGCUACCGCGAAUCAGAUACCUAGACGCUGCAAAGAUCCUACUUCUUCAAGAGGCAGCUAUACAACGAAAAGUACGACUAGUCUCGAAGAGCACUGUGGUUCAUGCAGGCCUUUCUCACUUCAAAGAUUUAACCAAUAUCAAGCCGAUUGAGCCAAUGGAUAUUCCCGGCCUCAAAGAGGCCGGUUGGACACCUGAAAUGGAUGAACUGGCUCAGAGACCGAAGAGGGGCCCUCACCAUGCUUCAAUGCAAAACAUAUUAACUGAGGUGCAAAAUCACGCAGCGGCAUGGCCCUUUUUGCAACCAGUUAACAGAGACGAAGUUGCAGAUUAUUAUGAAUUUAUCAAGGAGCCUAUGGACUUAAGCACGAUGGAAAUGAAGCUAGAUAACAAUAGGUAUGAGAAAAUGGAAAACUUUGUUUACGAUGCCCGCCUCAUUUUCAACAACUGUCGAGCAUACAAUGGUGAGAACACAUCUUAUUUCAAGUACGCCAACAGACUUGAAAAGUUCUUCAAUACCAAGGUAAAAGAAAUACCCGAAUAUUCACAUCUAGUAGACUAG